AUGGCCAUCCGCUCGCGAAAUACGGUUACCCCAUGGGCGGCUCUCGCAAGCAGCGGCGUCGCUGCGCUGCUGACCGCGUGUCUGCUGAGCGGCAGCGGGGCGAACUUCACGGAGGCGCAACCCGCGCCGGCAGUCUCCGACCGGGCGGCGCAAAUGGUCGUGCCGACUGCUGCGGCGGCGGCUGGAUCAUGGCCCCCGCCGGAUCCUGGUUGGGAGGAGCAGAUGGAAUCAAUAAUCCAGCAAGUGGCCAAUAAGACGUCUCUCUCCUCCUUCGCCCAGAUCUUCUCUAACCACUUCAAAACCCAACAGGUGUUUAUCGAUCGGAAUGCAACCAUCCUCAUCCCCACCAACGUCGGCUACUGGCGCUACGAAACCCGGUGGGACAUUCUAGAGCCAAGGUAG